UUUCUUCAUAUGCUUCAUUGGCUUCUGUUCAACUUUUUCCUUCCCCAAUGAAUAUUUGACCUUUAGCUUCUUUGUUCCCUCCCUCCAGCGGGACUCUCUCUUUCUCACAAAAUAUAUAAAAUUCAGGCUAUCACUGAAGUGGUUGAUUCAUUAGGUGGGAAGGUUAGAUUUCUUAAGUGAGGAGAAUCUGUAUAGCUCCAGGCUUGUGAUCUGAGUGAGAGAGAAGUUACAGUUGAAAAUGGGGAAGCUCAGCUUUGGCAGGGUUUUAGACUGUUUUUGCGGUUCUUCUUGCUCGAGCGCUUGCUUCUGCAUGAUUAACUCCAUGGAAACCCAAGAUGAGUUUGAGACAAGGUCAUUGAUCAGAAGUGAUAAAGACCAGUUGCCGAGACUAAAAGAUGUUGUUGCUGGAAACCAAACCUUGGCUUAUCAAUUGAAGCCCAAGACUGUGAUGCUAAGGGUAUCCAUGCACUGCCAUGGCUGUGCAAGAAAAGUUGAGAAACAUGUCUCGAAGAUUGAAGGAGUAACCUCGUACAGAGUAGACUUGGAAAGCAAGAUGGUGGUUGUCAUCGGAGACAUUCUUCCUUUCGAAGUGCUGGAGAGUGUCUCUAAGGUAAAAAACGCAGAGCUUUGGGAUAAUCGAAUUCUCCAUGAUCUCGAUGAACAGCAUUUUGCAACCCAAAUUGCCAAUAUUCCACCCACAAAAAUGGCAGAGAGACUUUAAAAACAAAUGCUGCAUGCUCUGUAUGAUCUUUUCAUGUAAUAACGAUUCAGAUACACUAUGAUAUGCGUGCAAGUUCUCA